GUUUCUAGCGCUAGUUCUCUCUUCUACUCUCUACUCUCUCCCCGUUCAUAUUCUUGUUCUUCCUCGUCCUCCUUUCUCUUCGUUCUUGUCACACUCUCUGUGCUUUCUUAGCUUCUUCUCUUAGCGGUGUCUUUAAAUAACACCCUGAGCUUCGUCUAUCCGUCAAAACGUCGACGUUUUGGAUGCUAAGAAACACAGCAUUGAGUUUUCUAAUCUUCCGUGAAAAAAAAAACCGCUUAGAGAGAUAAAACGGAGGCAAGGAACUUUGAUAAUUUUUUCUCCCUUACUGGAAAUUUCUCUAAUAAAUGCUAAGUCAUGCAAUGUACCUUCAGAAUCAUCGAAUCCUUGGAGUGAUUCUUUCUUUGUUGGAGUGCAAAUCCUGCCUUAAGUCCAUUUUUGUCAAAUUUUGAAUCCUGCAUAGUUCUUGUGGUUCUACAUGAGCUAUAAUUUAUAAGAACAAUGCAGCACUCUUCAUUAGAAGAGAUACAUUUCAAUGCCACAUAAGACUUCGCACACAUAGUUUGCCAAGAUUUCCUUCAGUUUUCUCUUAUUUUCCCUGUGUUUGACAAGCUUUUGCCUAAACAUGCCGAUAUGGUGGGUGAAGUCUAAAGAGGCGAAGGAGAGAAAGAAGUCAAAAAGGGAAAGUAUUAUUGAUGCAAUACAGCAAAAAUUUAAGAAUGCUUCUGAAAAGAUACGCAAUGACAAAUCCAAAGGAUCUAGAAGACAUGUUAUUGGCACCAGGUCAGAGAAGCAAUCCCAAUCUGUUGUAGCUUCAAGAAUAUCAUCACCCUCCUCCACAUAUGUGUCCCGCUGUCGAAGUUUAUCAGAAUUAGAAAGGCCUCUAUUUCAGCAGCUCCCACUGUCAGGGUCGCACCUUCCUGUUGUCAGUGACGCAAAUUCUGGAAUUUGUUUACCAUCAAGAAUGGAAAGAGCUAGUGGUUCUAAGCAAUCUCCAUAUUGUCCCCUACCGGCAUCUGGUGUUGUUUCCAACAGGGGAUAUCCUACUGAUGCUGAGGGAUAUAUAGAUACCGCAUCUGUUUCAAGUGAUAGCUCUGGUUAUAGUGGUGACUCAUCUGAUUCACAUCUCAUUAGUCCUCUGGCAACCGACUAUGAAAUUGGAAACAGGGCCACCAUUAACAGGUCUUUCAGGUUGGUGCACAGGAACAGAUCACCUGUUACUUUCCAGAAUGACUUAGGAGCAUCCUCAAGCCCAGCUCCUCAAAUGUGCGGUGUUAAGAAUCCAUCUACUUCACCAAAACGGAGUCGUUUGCAUUUGCCCAAUCUAAAAAUAGGCCGUACCUGUGGUUUAUUCAGUGCUCAAGAAAGGUCAACAUCAAGUCCUUCUAGAAGUCCAGUGAGAGCACUUGGCCCUGACCAGCUAUUAAACUCUGCACUAUGGACAGGAAAGCCUUGUCCAUAUGCAGCAUCAGGGAAUUACUCUAGUCCUGGUUCAGGCCAAAACUCAGAUGUUGGGGAUCUGCCAGGACAGGUAAUUUUGCCUCUUAACAGGUACAGCCCUGAGUGUUCUCCUAUACCUAGUCCGAGAAUGACAAGCCCUGGUCCCCGUUCCAGAAUACAGGGUGGUGCUGUCACACCUCUUCAUCCACGAGCUGGCACCUUCCCUUUGGAAAUAACUACAAGACAUCCUGAUGAUGUUACUAAAAAAACUCAUCCUUUACCGCUUCCUCCGAUAACAGUCACCAGUUAUUGUCUUUCUCCAAACUAUUCUUCAUCUACAACUCCAUCAGCUCCUCGCAGUCCUGCCAGAGCAGAGAUCCAAACAAGCCAAGUUUCACGCUGGAAAAAGGGGAAGUUGCUCGGAAGGGGGACAUUUGGACAUGUUUAUCUUGGUUUUGACAGUGAAAGUGGUGAGAUGUGCGCGAUGAAGGAGGUAACGCUUUUUGCAGAUGAUGCUAAAUCAAGGGAAUGCGCACAGCAACUUCAACAAGAAAUUAUGCUUCUAAGUCAGUUGCAGCAUCCAAAUAUAGUUCGAUAUUAUGGUUCUGAAACGGUAGAGGACAAACUUUACAUAUACUUGGAGUAUGUCUCCGCCGGGUCUAUUUACAAACUGCUUCGAGAGUAUGGCCAGUUAGGUGAAAAUGCCAUUCGUAAUUAUACUCGGCAAAUUCUAUUAGGACUUGCGUAUCUGCAUGCUAAGAACACUGUCCACCGGGACAUUAAGGGAGCCAAUAUACUAGUGGACCCUAAUGGACAGAUAAAAUUGGCAGAUUUUGGGAUGGCAAAGCAUAUAACUGGGGAGUCUUGUCCAUUUUCAUUCAAAGGAAGUCCUCACUGGAUGGCACCUGAGGUUGUACAUAAUUCAAAUGAUUGUAAUCUUGCUGUUGAUAUAUGGAGUCUUGGCUGCACUGUUCUGGAGAUGGCUACGACAAAACCACCUUGGAGCCAGUUUGAGGGGGUGGCUGCUAUAUUUAAGAUUUUACAGAUGAAGAAACUGCCUGAAGCACCAGAACAUCUAUCAGAAGAUGGGAAAGACUUUGUGAGGCUUUGUCUGCAAAAAAAUCCCCAGGACCGCCCAUCGGCUGCGCAACUUCUAGAGCAUCCAUUUGUCAAAAAGGCUACACUAGAAAGAACCAUUCUGACUGUACAUCCUUCAGAAGCAUCACCAGCUAUUGUAGAUGAACUGAAAUCUCUGGCCAUUGGACCUGCAAAACAUAAUUUGUGCUUAGAGUCAGAAAUGGGUGGUGGUACCAGUCGGCCAAGAAGGUUGAGAAUCGGCUCUGCAUCAAGCGAUGUGCAUAUACCAAGGAACAUGUCAUGCCCCGUUUCUCCCCUUGGACAGCGGCCUUUGGGAACAUUUGAUGUGGCUGGAAGAGUGCCUACAGUUCCAGUAGUUAGUCCUCGUACCACAUCUGGCCUAUCCACACCAUUCAAUGAUAGUGGUCGUACAAUCUCGUUUCAUGGAAACAAGCAGCCGAUGUUCUCACAUGAAGCUGCAUGUCUGAUGCUAAGGUCUCAGGAUGGGUUUCAUUAUCAGGAUCUUACACAUGAUGCCCUUCGAGUAACCAGACCUUCUCGGGAUGUAAUAAUUUCAUCUGAUGAUGAUGCUCUUGCAACCAAUUAUAAGAGGGUUGUCCGAAGAGAAUUUUAUAAUGUGCCUCAAACGCCCAUGAGGGAUUGUGUUCGGAUGAAUACUUACUUAGACUGCCGAGCCAGUACUCCCAGGCAAGGCCCGACAACACAAAUGGCAUGUCACCUGCACUUCAGUGACCAGAGGGGACACCGUGCAUGUGAAUAAUAAACGUUCUAAGACGGUAUAUACAUCAUAGGGUGCAUUAGCAUAAACAUAUACCAUAAACAUGCUGGAGGAAUAUAGUUUAACUAUUAUCUAUAGUCAAACGUGAGUGUUUUGCGCGGGGAUGUAAGCGUUCCCCAAUUGACUCAUGUUUGAGACAGUAGUUUACAGAGUGGGACCAAAACCCCUUGUAGAUGCAAAAUUUGCUGUCCUCACCCAAGGUAUUUUAUAUUUCAUCAUCUCAGCUGAAAAUGGUGGAGGGACCAAAAAGCAGAUUUGUAGAAACAUAUUUACUGUAUAGAAUAUAUAUAUAUAACUAGAAAGUAGAAACUCAACACAAUUUUGAGUUUAGCUAGAAUUUCCUCCAUUUUGAAUAAUGUUCUGUGGGAUUGUGUGCUACAAGAGGCGUUGUAUUGAAUAAACUUUAUAUAUUUCAAAAAUAAAUCUACCUCUGUCUGGACUUU